AUGUCUAACCAUAACAUCCAAACUUUUCGGUUCGAAGGCAAAGCCGACGGUUGGUUCGGCCCAUUCACGCAGCCCUUUGAUGUUCCGCACGAAUAUCUUUUCUCCGCAGUGCGUGUGACAAUAACCGGAGAUGUCGGCAAACGAAAUCAUGAGAUAAGUGUGGUGUUGACUUGUAAGCCAAACGACACCUAUGUCAACAUCAUAUACGGAGAAGUGCCAGACAGGAAACCAUCCAUUAAGGGACCCUUGGAGCUAUCGCGUCUGCUUCCUGGCUUCGAUUACGACUUAAAUUUCACCGCCCAAGGGUUUUCAACCGACGAGCAUGUUUUGAUCACAGUCGAGCUUCUCGAGCUCGACUCAACUGUUGCAGCCGUCACUCGCGAUAUUCUGAGAGAUGCCGAGUUCGAUGACAAGAGUGUGAAUGCACUCGCGUUUGGAUUCUCUGAGGCGUCCUUUGCACAUCUCAUGGUACAGCCGAGCACCCCGCCCGAGGUACCGAUCGGCCCAGAGAUCGGCCCAGUAAAGUUCCUCAAGGUCAGGCUGAGCAUGGAAUCACUGGAGUACCCGUGGUACCCAAUGGUAUACAUUGACGUGGAUGCCGAGGAGCUUGUCAUCGCGGGUAAUCUGCAGCUAGCCUUCUAUCGCACUGCGGACCCGGCAGAAUUUCCCGAACCGGUCGCCGUGAUUCUGGUUCAGGUGUCAGUCCGGUGUAGGCCUGUUAUGGUAAUUGAGGAUAAGGAGAUUCUGGGGCUCCACUUUGUGUCCGCCCAGCUGUUAGGUUCGACCUCUAUUGAUAUCAGGGAUCCGAGCGCGGAGACUGGCGUGGCUGGCGGCUUUGCGAGUGUUGCCCAGUUUGAGAAAAGUGUCAGCGACUAUGUCACCCAGAUCACAAGCAAAUCGGGGGAAUUAGGAUUUGCGCUUCCGGCGUACCUUGAGUCACGACCGCUUCCUGAUUACUGGGACCGAGUACUGAAUAUGAAGCUGGACUUUCUGGGAUUUCAGUUCAAGACGGUCCAGGUCCAUGGCCGGCCCAUCUCGUAUCUGUUCCUUGUCUUUUCCAUGAGAAGCCUCAACCUUCCACCGCCCUGCUACUGUGAGCAACCAUCGCUGACGCAGGCGGCAUCGGAAUCAGACAGCAGCUCUACACCGACUAUCCUGGAGGUUCUUCAGCAGCAGACAAAGUACGGACGGUCUCUGCCGAAGAAGUGGAGCAAGCUGGUCACAGAGGAACGCGCCGACUAUACGGAUAUCCUCGGCGCGGCGCAGGUCGCAGCCUUUGGAAUGAGCGAGAAGGCGUUCCAGGAGAUUGCGAAGCUGUAUGCCAAUUUCGGUCAUGAUCAAACCACGUCUACGUCGCAAAACGGAGCUGUGUACGCGUCGGUGCGUUUCUGGUACCGCGUGUCACUCGAAAAGGCAAAGAUAAGAGAUAAUGGCAUUGAGGCUGUCAUCGACCUAGCAGGCGAAGGGUCCGCGAAGGCCGCCGUCAGGGACCGCUGCGGGCACGACGUGCUUCGUACGAGCGUAAGCCUGCGCCUCACACUUCAGAACAACUCGAUCACAUGGGCGCCCUAUAUCGGUGUCAACAGCACGAACCCCCGGGAGAUGACCAUCGCAGCUGUUGCCAACGCGCGAGUGGGCGACCCCAAUGUUGACUUUGACUUUCCGGAAGGACCUCCGCCGCCGCUGGACCAGGUCAUUGAUUGGGUCCUCACGCAGCUUGUCGAGGGCACUAAGGGCAGCCUGGGAAAGUUAGCAUCCGAUCAGCUGACUAUCCACCUCGUCCGUGCUCUUGAAGAUAACGGCGCCAUUCGACUGCGUUUCGCCGCCAACGAGUUCUUCAAGGAUGAGGCUUUUGUCCUCCUAGGGCAACUGUGGUCCCAUAGCUGGGGGUAG